AAUCUAAUCACUAUUCCUUAUCCUCAUGAUUGAAACUCGUCAAGUGGUAUUUAACAUAUUUAACGUCUGUGCAGCAGGCGAUACGUGUUUUUGAGCCUGCGUAGACGAGGAAACCAUUUCGCUAUCGUGGAAUGCCUAGAGCGCAGAGCUGAACACCAUGUUUGCAGUGGCGGCGGUUGGAGCUUCGGCUCUCGCUGGAUAUGGCGUUUAUAUGUACUUAAAGGGCCGAAAGCGGCGAGAAAUCAUCAAAAAGGCUGUCGAUGAGAUGAUGCAUGGACUAGAUAAGCCGUCAGUCUAUAUCAGUGAUUCCGUCGGUGUGCGUGGAAAACUACAAAGAAUCUACGAGGCCGGGAUUGAUAAAAUACAGAUUUUGACGGAUUUUGAUAAGACAUUGACAAAGUUUAUAGUGGAUGGAACUCCAGGGAACACAAUACAAGAAGCUCUAGAGAAAUCUGGACACAUCCCAGAAUCCUUCAGGGCGAAGUUUGCGGAUCUCAAGGACCACUACCUUCCUAUUCUAUCGGGUGACAUGAGCUCAAAUGAGAAAGAAUCCGUCAUUCUUGAAUGGUGCUCCAAGGUCAAUGAUCUGAUUGUUGAGCUGAACUUGAAGAAGGACGAUCUUCCCGCCAUUGUGAGGGAUGGCCUAUUAGUGCUACGGGAGGGAGUCGAAUGGCUUUUUGUCAAGACCAGCGAAAACAAAGUACCAGUAUUCAUACUUUCAGAAGGCCUCGGAGAUCUGAUAGAGGAGGUGAUCAGACAACAGAGCCAGCUGUACGAUAACGUCACCAUCAUGGCUAACUACAUGAAGUUCAAUCAGGGAGUUAUGGUCGGCAUACAUGGCAAACUUCUAACAAGCGGCAACAAGCAAGAGCAAGCGAAGAACAAUCUCUUUUUCGAGAAAAAUAAGGACCGCAGCAGUGCUAUAGUUUUGGGGGACUCGAUUCGCGAUAGUGAGAUGGCCAGCAGCCUCAGAAACGCAGAGAAUGUCAUCACUGUCGGGAUCCUCAAUGAAAAAGUUGACGAGAACCUGAAGGCUUACCAGGAGGCGUUUGACGUGGUUAUUGUGGAUGAUCACAGCAUUUCAGUUGUAGAUGUUGUCCUGAUGUCUCUUCUCCGAGAAAAAUGAGAUCCCACGCCGAAUAUCGAGUGAGAAUACUGACAAUAGGAUCAUUAGCAUUUCGCUUGAAGAGGCGACUGGCGUCACUCAAUAAUGUAGUUUUGUAGGACUUGACCAUCGUACGGAAGCAACUUGAAUCUUCAUAGACGAAUCCAGGAAAAAGUUUUUUUCAAUACUGUUACUGCUGGGAUAAGCGCCUCGCCUAAGAGGAAAAUUGACUAAGAGGAGAAUUAAUAAGGAGUUUACUCCUUGCAUGUUAUUAAAAGGCACUUUUUUUAUCUAUCGAUGAAAAUGAUUUUGAAACUUUUAAUGACCGCCACGUCGCUUAUUCGCGUAAUUACGAUAUAUGAAAACCCUCAAUUGUUUAGCCCUCAGGAAACAUAUCAUUUUGUUUUUGUGGUUCUUAUAAACACACGAAACCGACCCUAUGGAUUCGCCAAAUAUUCUUGCAAUUUAAACUAGAUGUUCUCUUCGAGACAACCUAGCCAAUUUUCGAGACGAAAAUAUUCCGUUCAACACCGUUAUUUUACGACCUCUGAAAUCGGAAUAAAUGUGUUAAGUUUAAGGGGAUGAGAGACAAAAGAGAAAAAGAUAAAUUCUAGACCAUUUAUUUAGUGUUUGAGUUAAUGACACAAGACGAAUUUCUCUAAAAUAUAUAUAAUACUCCAUAACAAUACGGGCUUUUAACUGCAGACAAGAUAAUAGAAUGUAUCUAGCGUUCUGCCUCAUAGAGGAUAUAAAUUAAUUUAUAAAAUAUAGAUAAUAUUCUAUA